AAAUGUAACCAAUCAACGGCGAGGCGCGGUAUUACGCACCACUCGUAGUUGGACUGCUUGGACUCACUGCUUCAACUCUUUACUGUGAAAUCGGCAUCAACAAUGGCAGAAUGGAACGUCUACUUCCAAAAUGAAGAUGACGGCGAAGCACAGGAGGAAGGAGAGGAACCAGGAGGAGAUUACAGAGUCACAGGACGAGACUGUCUCGUUUUGUUGGUGGAUGCUUCAAAAGAAAUGUUCAUCAAAGAAGAAGAUGGGGAGACGACUAACUUUGACAUGACCAUGCAAGUCGUGCGCAGCGUCUACACCAGAAAGAUCAUAAGCAGUCCCGGAGACCUCGUGGCAUUGGUUUUCUAUGGCACCAAGCAGAGCCAAGACCCAACCAAAUCUUUCAAGCACGUCUACGUCUACCACAACUUGAGCGAACUUGGUGCAAAGCGAGUGCAGCAGGUGGAUGCGCUACAGGGGGAAAAGGGUGCCCUGUUGGCAGCAGAGACAAUGGGCAGUGACGAAACAUCGCUGUGCGACGCCCUGUGGUGCUGUGCCAAUCUGUUCCGGGACUGCAAGCUUCGGCUCGGGCACAAACGCCUCCUCAUCUUCACAUGCACGGAUCAACCACACGGGGGCGACAGUGUCAAAGAUCGACAGGCUCGAACGCAAGCCAGUGACCUCAGAGAAUCCGGCGUCGUCAUAGAGCUAAUGCACUUGAUGAAAGCAGGUGGCUUCGACGUCUCCCUCUUCUUCCGUGACGUCAUAAGUCCGCCGGAGGACGAGAGUGAGCUGGGCCUGCAGCAGGAGCCUUGUGAAAAACUGGCGGACCUCCAGAGGAGAGUGCGGGCCAAAGAGCAAAAAAAGAGAACGAUGGCCAAGCUCAAUCUGUGUCUCGGUGAAGGUGUUAAUGUCGCGGUGGGAAUGUACGCACUUGCCGUGAACGCUCGGAAACCAGGCGCCAUCAGGCUGUACAGGGAAAGUAACGAGCCCGUCCGCAGCAAAUCUCGCACCUUCCAUACCGAAACGGGAAGCCUGCUGCUGCCCAGCGAGAUAAAGAAAGCCCAGGUGUAUGGCAACAAGCAGAUUGUGAUGGAGAAAGAUGAAGUGGACGCCAUCAAGAAAUUUGACGAUCCCGGUUUGUUUUUGAUCGGAUUCAAAGCCAUGGAAGAGCUCAAACUGCACCACCAUAUUCGUCCGGCUGUCUUCCUCUACCCCGCGGAGGGCGAGGUGAAAGGAAGCUCCUGUCUGUUCUCGGCACUGUUGACCAAAUGCGUCGAGAGGAACGUCUUUGCUCUGUGCCGCUGCAUUUCCCGCAGAAAUUACCCACCUCGAUUUGUUGCCCUGGUGCCUCAGGAAGAGAAGUUGGACGAGGGGAAGGUGCAGACCACGCCACCAGGUUUUAAUGUCAUCUACCUGCCGUAUGCUGAUGAUUUGCGGAAUCUGGAUCCCCCGCAGACUCCUUACGCUUCUCCAACGCAGGUGGACAAGAUGAGGGAGAUUGUCCAUAAACUGCGCUUUAAGUACAGGAGCGACGCAUUUGAGAAUCCCGUCCUCCAGCAAUACUACAGGAACUUGGAGGCCUUGGCUCUGGAUAUGAUGGCACCAGACGACAUCGAGGACCUCAUCAUGCCAAAGGUGGACCAGAUUGACCUCCGGCUUGGCCCUCUGGUCCAGGAGUUUAAAGAUCUCGUCUACCCCGCAGACUACAACCCGGACACCAAAUCAGCCGCCAAACGCAGAGCAGCAGGAGCUGGCGGCACGGCGGAGAAGAAGCCCAAAGUGGAGGUAUCCGAAGAUGAGCUGAGAGCGCACAUCCAAAAAGGCACUCUGGGAAAGAUGACGGUGGCGCUGCUCAAGGAGGCCUGCAAGCAGUUUGGCAUUCGGACCACCGGCACCAAGAAGCAGGAACUGAUGGAUGCGCUGGUUGACAAACUGGCCACAUGAGUGACACACUCACUGGGGUCAUUUAUGCUUGGUCGCCAAUCUACCGUAGAGACGUAUGACCAAUCGUUUUAGAUGACUGAAAUUGCUUUGGCGUGUUGCAAAAACAUCCUCAGUUGCUCGCUAGCACUACGCAUGCUGGAAUCUCACUGCUCAUCUCUUUAAUCAGCCGUCUUAGUUAUCGUUUCGAAAAUGACAUCCGCGUUGGCGUGUGAUCUGAUUUACUUGAUGACGCCUUGCAAAAAUAAAACUUUGUACUCAC